AUGCGAGCCUCACAGAGUAGGCAGAAAUCAUACACUGACAAAAAACGCAGACCUCUAGAGUUUGAGGCAGGUGACCAUGUAUUUCUUCGUGUGACACAUACUACUGGAGUAGGAAAGGCCAUUCGUGCUAAGAAGAUUUCUCCCAGAUAUCUUGGGCCAUAUCAGAUUUCUAGACGCAUCGGACUAGUCGCAUAUGAGAUAGCUAUGCCGCCCCAGCUAGCUAAUCUUCAUACUGUCUUUCAUGUUUCUCAACUAAGGAAAUAUGUCCCUGACCCUUCACAUGUAUUGGUGAUUGAAGAUGUACAAGUCCAAGAGGAUCUCUCUGUAGAAAUGCAACCAAUUAGAGUUGAGGAGGAACUAACCAAACGACCAGAAGGGAAGGUGACAAGACUUGUUAAGGUCAUAUGGGACAGCAGGACGGGCGAUUCUACUUGGGAAUUAGAGGAAGAGAUGAAGAAGUCAUGUCCUCACUUAUUCUCUGGUAAGCCUUAA